ACUGCCCUGCUCUGUGGGGAAAACGUCCCACGAGAUAAAGAUAAAGAAAGCAGUCGAACUGUGGCGCCUGUUUUAGACUAGGGGUGUCCUCUGGAGAGCCAAUCUCCUCCGCCUGGAUGCAGCAUCGGGACGGGGCGCCUGCGAUGCUGUGUGAGGGUAAGACUGUGGUGGUCACAGGGUUUUCUUGGAGGAGGUGGAGAAAGCACAAGAGGGUGGGCGUCUGUGGUGAUGCCUUUUUUUUCCACUGAUUCACUGGUUUCUCUGCUCAGGCAGUGCGAGGAAGUUUUCCUCGGCUUGUUCUUCAGAUUUCUGAGUGUUUUCUGCAUCCCUAUGUGACUCUAACCUGUAGACACAAGAAGACUUGAUUCAGAUCUGAAGGAGUCACCCAGGAGGUCAUGCCAGGCAGCCCAGAGAACAUCCCCCUGGGAGAAUGCACAUUCUCCCAGUCCCAGGAUCAGCUGACGCCCCCGAGCCACGCAGCGAGCACCGUGUUCACUCUGUCCCGAAGCGAGUCCCUCUGGACCACAGAGCCCCCUGAGAAAAAAUGUGAAGUCUUCUGGUUCCCCAUUCACUUCAUGUCCACCGGGGGGAGCUUCCUGGCCUGCGGCAUCAUCAUCAGCAGCCUGUACUUUGCCGGCCAGUGCAAGAAGGUCACCAACAUCCUGGGACCGGCGCUGCUCUCCAUAGGGUUGAUGAUUUUUGUGGUGGGAAUGGUCCUCAUCCCCAUCACCAAGGAGAAGAGAAAGCGCACAAAGAGGUCCCUGAGUUAUUACAAGCCUCCGGUCUUCAACGUGUGACGGCGUCAGCGAUUUCCUGGAGAACUUCAGCGUUUGGGGAAAACAACGUUUUUCAGCAUGGGAUUAUAUCCGGGAAAUAUUUAUGAUGUGACUCUGUGUGGAGACAUUUCUGUUUACUUCCCUGUGCCAACAGCGCUGACCUUGCUGUCCUGACCGUGCAUGACAACAUUUGCAUCAUCUGUUGAAAAACACCAGACGACAAUGUGGGGUUUAAAAAUGCAAUUAUUCACACAAUAUCAAUGUUUAAGUACAGGUGAUAUAGAGCAAAGAGACCUUUUUAAAUAUUUAUGCAAGGAACAAGAACACAAGCAAGGUUUUCUAAAGUUGUACUGAACAUGCUGACUCAUGAAUAAUUAAAAGCGUUUAUAAUUAU